AUGGACGUCACAGUUCAGAGGUGCCAAUCAGACACGGACUACAGAGGCACAUUUUGGGAGGCAACCUUGGAAGGAGAUAUGAAAUCUCUGCCAUGCGAAGACGGAUUCAAGGGUAAUGUCUUCAAGGGCGUUUGGAGUGCAGUUAGUCGGAGCUGCAAGACAGGAGGUCUCUGGCAGCGACCUCAAUACAUGUGCACGCGUGACGUUGUACAAAACAUUGCUGACACGGUGUCAACAUUCAUCCCGAACAACGUUUCAAACGAUGACGUCAUGUUAGCGUUGGAACAAAUUGUAAACGUAACGAAGAUCGAAGAUAACGACCCAGAGCCUCUUACCGAGGGAGAACUGGUAAUACUAACGUCAUCAUUAAAUACGAUCGCCAACGUCACCAGCAACGUCACCGAAGUUUUGUUAGAGAACUUUAUCCAGUCUGCCAGCAAUCUUAUUGGCAAGGACAAGGAAGAAAGCUGGAAGUCACUUAGAGAGUCGGAUUCUGGUUCUGCGAACUCAGUAAUAGAAGCAGUGGAUAAGAUAGGAAGAAGUUUCAGCGAACAUUUCGAGAAGACCGGACAGCAAAACAAGACUAUCUUGCGGGAGAAUAUUGCUGUCGAGAUAACAAGAUUGAAUUUAGAUGACGUCAUAUUUCCCAUACCGGAAACAAAGUUAUCGUCUACUUCAAGUCAAGAAAAUUCGGAGUGGUUUCUGAAUGCAAAAAGUCGUCUUCACUUGAAAGCUUUAGCCUUGCGAGGUAUAGACGAGGUACAGUAUGUUUCAGCAACUGCUAUGUUUAGAAACGUGUCCUUUAUUGUGUCUACGGCAGAACAAGAGGGUCAACGCAGUCUCGAAAGCACCUCUGAAGUAAAUGGACCUGUAUUAUCACUGUCCAUGUUUCCGCCAGUCACAUACAAGUUGGAUCCGCCCAUCACUCUUAUCUUUGAACGAUAUUUGCAAAACUACACAUCGCCAACAUGCCGUUUUCUGCAGUUCGAAGGCGGAAGAAACAAAAGUUACUGGUCGGACACUGGUUGUCGAGUCGUUUCGUUCAACGUUAACUUCACGACGUGCGAAUGUGACCACCUCACAAACUUCGCAGUACUCAUGAGUCCUUUCGUGCAGGCUGACUCCAAUUCUAUUGCCCUCAGAAUCGUGUCUAUCGUUGGAGUGUCCGUUUCCGUCAUUUGUCUGCUUGUCACGGUGGUGGUCCAUUUGAUGGUGUGGAAGUAUGUGAAGAGUGACCGAGUUACCUUGCUGUUGAACCUCUGUGUGUCUUUGCUGCUCGCCUACAUAGUCUUUCUGGCCGGGGUAGACCGUACUGAGAGCAGGGUUUUCUGCGUGCUCAUAGCGGCGUUGCUGCACUAUCUGUACCUGGCCGUAUUCUGCCUGAUGCUCGCCCAGAGUGUCGAGAUCGGUAUCACCCUUGCUGUAGUGUUCGCGUCCAAGUCACGAUUCAACACCAUCUGCCUUGUGUAUGUGUUAAGAAAAAUGUUCAAAACUAAAACAAUUCAAGAUAAAAAGAAAAAGGACAAAAUAAUGACGACUGCACGAAGCCUCUGUGUGCUGGUUCCCCUGAUGGGCGUGUCCUGGGUGCUGGGAAUCUUCUACGUCAACCAGUCGCUCUUCUUUAUGCAGUAUUUGUUUGCCAUCUGCAACAGCCUCCAGGGAUUUUUUAUUUUCAUUUUCCAUUGUGUGCUCAAUGUUCAAAAAUCCCACAGCAAAUCUGAAUCGAGAAAAUUACCCGACCGAAGUAAAGGUAAGAAUCUAAACAACAUAUGA